AUGGCCAUCACGCCUUCGAAGCCAAUCUUCUGCGCGACCCACCCCAGGGCCUGCUCAACAGCCUUUGAGAGAGUGUUUAUGAGCCGCCGGGACAAGCUGGCGUGUGUACAUGAGCCUUUUGGCGAUGCGUUCUAUUAUGGCCCUGAGCGGACUGGUGAGCGUUUCGAGAACGACGCUGAGGGCAGAGAGAAGUCUGGCUUCGCCGAGACGACGUAUGCCGAUGUUCUGAGGCAAAUCGAGGAGGCCGGCAAAGAUAAGCGCGCCUUCAUCAAGGAUAUGGCUUACUACAUCAUCCCGCCCAACCAGCAAAAAGCCUCCAUCGUCCCGUCCGCCGGCAACACGGCCGAGCCCACCAACCCCACCGUCCUGCCCUUGAGCAUCCUCCGCAAGUUCCAGUGGACGUUCCUCAUCCGCCACCCGCGCCGCUCCAUCCCCUCGUACUACCGCUGCACCCAGCCGCCCCUGGACGCCGUGACGGGCUGGACAAACUUCAACCCGUCCGAGGCCGGUUACGAAGAGCUCCGCCGUCUCUUUGAUUACCUCAUUCGUGAGCGCAUCGUCGACGAGAAGGACUUGUUGGUCGUCGACGCUGAUGACAUGCUUGACGACCCCGAGGCUGUCAUCCGCGCCUACUGUGCCCACGUUGGCCUCGACUUCACCGACAACAUGCUUAACUGGACCGAUGAGGACACCAAGGUCGCCCAGGAGAAGUUUGCAAAGUGGAACGGCUGGCACGAUGAUGCCAUUGGCAGCACGUCGCUCAAGCCGCGCGACAAGAAGCAUACACUAGUGUGGGGUAUAUUUCGCAGCAUGCUAAUUCCCCGCGAGAAAAAGGUCAUCACCCGUGAGUCCGAAGAGGCUGAAUGGCUCAAGAAGUACGGCGAGAAGGGUCUCAAGGAGAUCCGCGAGUGCGUCGAUGCCAACGUCAAGGAUUACGAGUACCUCAAGAAGUUUGCCAUUCAGAUCUAA